CCGCCCGAAGCAAGACAGACGCGAUAUAUGGAAAACGCCGUCCCAUCGACUACCACUGGUAUAACGGACCCAGAAUAUCAGCAAGGAGAACCAAGACCUCACCACCGUUUCUAUUUCGAAGCAGGAGAUUUACUCAUACGGGUAAACAAUGCCAUCUUUAAGAUUCAUCGUGAUGUGAUAGCCAGGCGAUCUGUUGUGAUUCGUGACAUGUUCACACUGCCUUCCUCAACAACGCAAGACCAAAGGACGGUUGACGUGAUUGUGCAAGGAGAUAGAGUGACUGCAUGGGAACGGAUGAUAGAAUUACUAUACCCAGA